AUGGCUGGUAAAGAAACAAAUAUGUAUGGACUUCGUCCUGAUCAAUUAUAUGAACUUCAAACCGCAUUUCAUCAAAUUGAUACAGAUCAUAAUGGUUAUAUAAGUGGUGAUGAAAUGCGUACCUGUCUUUAUCGUAAUAAUAUCGGAUAUAGUGAUGCUGAUGUUCAACGUGUUUUAGCUCAAAUGGAUUUUAAUCGAGAUGGACGAGUCAGUUAUGAUGAAUAUAUGGGAUUUAUGGCAAAAAUUUAUCGAGGUGAAAUUCGAUAA